AUGAGCGCAUCAAAGGAUUCAAGCGGAACCGCUGGCGCCGCGCCCAAGAGACCCAACUUCCUUGUCAUUCUUGCAGAUGACUUGGGAUGGAGUGAUCUGAGCUGCUUCGGCGGCGAGAUCAGAACACCAAACCUUGACAAGCUGGCCCUCAAUGGCUUGCGCUUUACAGAUUUCCAUGCUGCGGCAGCUUGCUCUCCGAGCAGAGCUAUGCUCAUGACCGGAACCGACCAUCAUAUUGCUGGGCUUGGGAACUUGAUCGAAUGGACGAACCGUUCUGAUCAGAACGCCCCCUCCGAGGGCGAGAUCAAGUACUGGUCCACAGCCCCUCAAAGAGGCAUGCCCGGGUACGAGGGAUAUCUGAACGAACGCGUAGUAGCUCUGCCUGAGAUUCUCCGUGAUGCUGGCUAUCAGACUCUCAUGGCUGGCAAAUGGCACCUAGGGCUCACACCUGAACACUCUCCCCAUGUGCGUGGUUUCGAGAAGAGCUUUGCCCAUCUGCCUGCUUGCUCAAAUCAUUAUGCCUAUGAGCCGCAGCUGGAAGGGCAGGAUCAAAUCCCUGACUUCAUGACAAUGAGCUUCAUUGCUCUCCACUCCGAGAACGGCGAGUAUGUCAGGAAACUGCCAGAGGGCUGGUACAGCAGUGAUGGCUACGGGAACAAGAUGUUGCAAUAUCUCAAGGAACGCCAUGAGCAGAAGGACGAGAGACCUUUCUUCGCCUAUUUCCCAUUCACCGCCCCUCACUGGCCACUUCAAGCCCCCGAUGAGUAUAUUGCUCACUACAAGGGCGUCUACGACGAAGGUCCAGACGUGCUGCGCGAGAAGCGUCUGCAGAGAAUGAAAGAGAUGGGCUUAUGCUCGGAGGAUGUGGCGCCUCACCCGGUAGUAGCAGACGAGGUGAAAGAGUGGAAGGACUUGACAUCAGAAGAGAAGGCCAAGUCGUGCAAGGCCAUGGAAGUCUUUGCUGCAAUGGUGGAAUGCAUUGAUGCAAAUGUGGGCAAGGUCGUUGACUACCUCGAACAGACUGGCGAGUUGGACAAUACUUUCGUCUGCUUCAUGUCCGACAAUGGAGCUGAAGGAGCCGCGUACGAGGCGUAUCCUAUCGUUCAGAGCACCAUGCUUGGUCAUUUGAAGAAAUACUACAACAAUGCCCUGGACAACCUAGGUCGGGGCGACAGCUUUAUCUGGUACGGUCCAAGAUGGGCACAGGCCGCUACAGCUCCGAGCAGAUUGUACAAAGCAUUCACAACUGAGGGUGGUGUGCGCGUGCCAUUCCUUGCCAAGUUUCCGGUCGGCAUGAAUGCUGGUUCUCACAUCACGAAUGAGAAAGGAAGUAUCUCAAGCACUUUCAGCACUAUCAUGGAUCUUGCGCCGACCAUUCUCGAGAUGGCGGGCGUGGAGCACCCUGCUCCGACGUAUCAAGGACGGGAAGUGGUCCAUAUGCGUGGCAAGAGCAUGGUGCCAUACAUAACAGGCACUGCACCCUCAAUCCACCCCGCCGACUUCAUCCAAGGCUGGGAGACGUGCGGCCGUGCAGCAGUGCGCUGUGGAGACUGGAAGAUUGUCUUUAUUCCCAAGCCCAAGGGACCUGAGAAAUGGCAGAUGUACAAUCUAGCCAAGGAUCCGGGUGAGGUGUUUGACCUUGCUGAGCAGGAUCCUGAGCGGCUCGAGAAGAUGAUCAAGAUGUGGGACCAGUAUGUGCUCGAGACCGGUGUCAUUCCUUUGGCACCAGCUUUGGGCAAUUGGAUCGCCGCCAUGGAAGAACAGAUGCCGGAAGAUGCGUGGAUGGAGUAUGAGUAUUGGAAGGAGGGUGCCAGAGACAAUCCGGAAGCCUUCAGGAGGGAGAUUCCAAGAUUCACGAGAGAGGUGAAGGCUAUGUGA